AUGCGAUGGGGUCGGCGCGUGGUCCCUGGCACCCAUGGUCUCGCCCUGAGAGCCGGCGCUGGCUCGCUGCCUGGAGGCGGCCGUGAUGCCGAGCUGGUUCGUGUGAUGGCACGCCCCGGCAGGCGGCCGGCGGCUGCCCAGGCGUCGGCACGGCAGAGGAAAGCCGAGGACUCCAGCGAGAGCCGCGAGGAGGAGCUGAUGAGCGACGGGCAGGACUCGGACGGCUGGUUUUCCAGAGGCCAACGGUCCGACCGAGCCACCACGCACCCCAAGCUCAACCUGACCAAGCAGGCUUUGCCCUGGAACGAGCAGUACAAAGGGAAGGCGAACUUGCACGUCUUCGAAGACUGGUGCGGAGGGGCCGUGAGGCACCUGAGGAAGAACCUCCAUUUCCCGCUCUUUCCCCACACCCGCACCACCGUGAAGAAGCUGGCGGUGUCGCCCAAGUGGAAGAACUACGGGCUGAGGAUUUUUGGCUACAUCCACCCCUUCAAGGAUGGGGAUUUCCAGUUUUCCGUGGCAUCAGACGACAAUUCCGAGUUCUGGCUCAGCUCUGACGAGAGUCCGUCCAACUCCCGGCUGGCUGCGUUCGUGGGCAAGCUGGGCACCGAGUGGACGGCACCGGGAGAGUUCACCAAAUUCAGCUCGCAAGUCUCCAAGCCUCUACGCCCCAUGUCCUCCAGACGCUACUACUUCGAGCUGCUCCACAAACAGGACGACCGAGGUUCAGACCACGUGGAAGUCGGGUGGCGAGUUUUCCUCCCCAGCUUGAAGUUUGAAGUGAUCGACUCCUCCUACAUCUCUCUGUACACGGAUGAAUCAGCCCUGAAGAUGAACCAUGUGGAGCACAUCCCACAGACUUUGGCCAGCCACAGCGGGAGCUACCUCUGGGAGGCGCAGCAAGAUGAGCACGGGGCGGACAUGCUGAAGGCUGACCCCAGGGACACCUUCUUCCUCACCCCUGCGAUCGAGGCCUCCCGAGUGGAGAACGUGCUGGUGCCCUGUGCCUACAGCCCCACCUACGUGGUGAAGGACUUCCCCAUCGCCCGCUACCAGGGCCUGCAAUUUGUCUACCUCUCAUUCGUGUACCCUAACGACUUCACGCGCCUCACUCACAUGGAGACGGAGAACAAGUGCUUCUACCGGGAGUCCCCUCUCNNNNCUCCCAGGUUUGGCUUUUAUAAGUACAUGAAGAUGGAUGAAGAGGAGGAGGAUCCACGCCAGCGAGCGUUCCUCUUCCUCAGCCCAGACAAUUUCCUUGAGGACGAGGAGGAGGAAGAGGAGGGAGUGGACAGCCCCGAGCCCACAGACCCACCUCCUGAAGCCAAGGAGAGGAGCUUUGGGCCGGUACCUGGAGCCCAAGAGAAAGAGACGCUGCCGGUCACCGGGGAUUACGGAGGUGACCUGGACUAUUACAGCUUUCGCCGCAAGCAGGGGCAGGCCCGGGGCGAGGCGAGCACGCCGGGGCAGCCGGGAAGAUGGAGCACGUCCCGCCAGGCCAGCAGCAGCCCGGCGGCUCUCCCUGAGGAUCUCCGUGGCGGGGAGGAGGUGGGCCCCACGCCGGAGCAGGUCCGGGGGCGGAUGCUCAGUUGGUUACCCCAGGGUCCUGGCGAGGAUGAGGAGGAUGAACUGGGACUGCUGGCGUCUUCGAAGCGUGCCGGGGCUCUGAGCCUCCAGCCCCACCUCUCCGUUCCCAUCUUUGGUGGCAAAGCCAAAACGCCAGGUCCCAGCAAGCCCGCAGCACCCAGGGAGGACAAAAAGCCCCGGAAAGCCCAGGAGAAGGUCUACGUGACCAGGCUGCAGCCAGGGAAGCGCAAAGCCCCGGCCCAGGAGCCGGUCUUCCCUGGCAUCUUCCUUUACCCAAAACCUCUGAAGAAAGUCCACCUGCGCUCCAGGACCCCGCAGAAGCAUCCCAUCGCCUCCAGCAAGCUCCGCGCCGUCCCUGGCCGCCGGACCCCCUGGCUCCUGAGCAACAUCUCCAAGGAGAGGGACCCUGCCAGGCGGAAGAGCACGCGGGCAGGUGGCAGGAGGUGGGAACGUCCAUCCAAGCUGGGGAGCGAGUGGCGGGCGCUGCCCAGCCUCCUGGCCCUGGGGACCGAAGGGCUCUUCAGCAGGGAGACCCAUGAGGACACGACCCCUGCCCCAGGCAGGACAGCAGCCACCCCCGAUUACAACUCCUCCGAGGUGACCCACUCAGAGGGGACACGGGUGACAUCCUUUCUGAAGAUGUCAGAAAUGACGGCAUCCCAGCAGGAGGAGGGAAAGGGCCAGGAGGAAGAGGAGGAGGAGGAGGAGGAGGAGGAAGUAUCGGACUACAGCUAUGAGACUGGGGAGCUGCAGCAAAGCUGGCUGGAGGACUCCAUCAACUGGCAGAGGACGUUCAGUGUCAGCUCCGUGGACUUCGAGCUCCUGCGCUCUGACUGGAACGACCUGCGGUGCAACGUAUCGGGCAACCUGCAGCUGAGCGAGAGCGAGGUUGUCGACGUGGUGGCGCAGUACAUGGAGAAGCUCAACGAGAAGAAUGGAGGCAUCUACACCCUCCUGAGGAUCGUCAACGUGGAGAAGCGUCGGGACACGGCCCGGGGGAACCGCUACCUGCUAGAGCUGGAGCUGGCGGAGCGGGGCCAGCGGACGGUGCGGCUCUCCGAGUACGUCUACGUCCUCUUGCACCAGGGCAAGCAGGAUGACAGUGCUGAGGCCAACCCCGAAGGGCCAGCCCUGGGGGCCACCGAGCCCCAGCCAAGCGCCUGGAGCAUCCUCUACGGAAGACCUGUCCUGUGCCGGCCCCUGCGGCUCAGCUGGAAACAGGACGUCAUGGUGCACUUCGUGGUACCUGUGAAGAACCAAGCCCGCUGGGUCCAGCAGUUCAUCUCAGACAUGGCCCACCUGUACGGGGCUACGAAGGACGCCAACUUCAACGUCAUCCUGGUAGACUUUGACAGCGAUGACAUGGACGUCGAGAAAGCCCUACGAGACGCCCGACUGCCCCGCUACCAGUACCUGCGGCGCACAGGGAACUUUGAGCGCUCGGCCGGGCUGCAGGCUGGCGUGGACAUGGUUGAGGACGGGCACAGCAUCGUGUUCCUCUGCGACCUGCACAUCCAUUUCCCCCCCAAUAUCCUGGACAGCAUCCGGAAGCACUGCGUGGAGGGGAAGCUGGCUUACGCGCCCAUCGUCAUGAGGCUGAGCUGCGGCAGCUCCCCCCGGGAGCCCAACGGCUACUGGGAGGUGAACGGCUUCGGCCUCUUCGGCAUCUACAAGUCGGACUUCGACCGCGUGGGAGGGAUGAACACGGAGGAGUUCAGAGACCGCUGGGGUGGGGAGGACUGGGAGCUGAUGGACAGGGUGGUGGAGACAGGGCUGGAAUUUUGGGGGGAGUCGGGGGAAUGCUUGAGCUGCCAAUCUGGCUACAGCAGAGGGGACCGGGCUGAGCCACCGUGUGCCUGCCAAGGUGACAAUUAUGCCCCUCGCCGUUGGGGGCACAAAGAAAGGCGGGGAGGCCACCACUCGACAUCGCCACCGCCUCGCCUGCUCCCGGUUGCCGGCAGGAAGGCCAAGGCGGCGUCCUCCCCUUUCCUCGUCCGCCGGCACUGCCGCGGCUUCCGAAGCGGGUCCCUCUGGGGAUGA